AUGCCUACACAACGGAGACACGCCAGACUGAAGGACAGCUGCGACCACUGCUCCAACGCCAAAGUCCGCCGCAUGAAGGAGAAGCCUUCCUGUUGUCGAUGCCACCAGAGAGGUCUUGCCUGCGGUUACAGCUACUCACGUCGUGCUGGUCGCCGGAGUACCAGCAGAGUCGAGCCAAUGGAAAUGCCAUCGCCAGUCGGGAGAGACAGUUCGCCCUCAGCAUUAUCAUCAUUCGACGACUCGGAAGCAGCACCAAGCAGUCCGGAUUCAAUUACAAUGGGUGGCAUGAUGGGGUCACCAAUGCCUUUCGCACCAACGCCACCGACCUGGGAACAAGGCCUUUACCAGGCUCAGUGUGACUAUUUCCAGCUCCAAGCCGGCCAGUCGAGGCGGGAAGAAUACAUUAGAGCUUCACGUGCGGAUCCAAGUAUGCCGAUGCUCAAUUCAGGCUUUGCAACGUCGGCACUGCCUCAUCCGGCACCUGCCAUGGCACGAAACGACUCCACUUCCUCCAUGGACACGAUGUCCAGCGAAUACUACGCCUACUCAGACGCCUCGAGUGGUAGUACACAUAGCCAGACCGAAGCUGUGCAGGACGAGCUCUCGAAUUUGAGCAAUUUCGCGGAGUCGAUGGAGCGGAAAUUUGAUGCUGUUGUCCGGAGUCGAUUGCAAUCGCGAGACAUCUUCUCGGAACUUGGAACGCCGUUUUGUGAUUUGGAGGUGGAAGGUAGCAGUGUACCGACGCCAGAUAUGAGUGAGAUGGCAUUCUAUUAUUCGCUGGCGGAACUGAAAAGAAGGCUGAAAUGGGUGUCGGAGGAUGUGAGUAACAUGAUUACGAACCCCUGUUGA